AUGGGAUUCUUCGACCACCUUCAAAAGAAAGGAACGGGUGUGAUACCGGCUCAGAAAGCUCAGAUCCGGAAAGUCGAGUGCAAACCGAGCAUCACCCGGUCAUCGUCAGCUCCAUCACAGCCUGUGAAACCCCCCUCUGUCCGCGCGCAUUCCGAAUCAUCCGCCAAACGCACCGUUACCUCUCCACGAAAACCGAAUUUAUCUGACUCUACCGGGGUUGCAAAGAAAUCUCCCGCUCCCAGCAGCAGCUCUGAUCUGCUAACCGUCAAUCCACCUCGUUCGAGAUCCGUAUCCCGCAAACGAUCCUCCCCCGCAGUUCAACAACUCGUUAGCAGUAGUGAUGACAGUGAGACGGAUGAGUCUUUGGAUAUUCGACUGGCGAAGAGGACAAAGGUCAGCGCAAGUGUGGAGCCAGAUCUAAAACGUCGCUUACGCUCCGAGGUUGCGUUUUCCGAGUCGGCCGAACGAACGUUCCCCAUGGUGCAUGCCUUGGAUAUAGCAUCGAUCGAGAAGAAGACUCCUGGAUUUAGGAAUGCGUUUAAAGAGCCUAAGGGAUGCACGACAAUAGCUCUUCAGUAUCCCACAUACUCACAGAGGGAGAGGUAUCAGCUGGUUAUACCUCGUGAAAACGACGGAUUUAAGCCGUUGGAGGAUAUUGUGCAGGUAGUCGAGACCGUAUCACAUAACUAUAUCCCCGAGGAUCAGAUAUCUCUAUUUACCGAUGAGUCCACUGGCUAUAUCCGUCUUUUACGACGUGCCAUUAAACAAGAAUCGCCAAAAGAUUUCUGGAAUGCGGUGAAGGCAUAUAACGAGACGAUCAGACGACUGCGGGACGAAGGUGUUAUCGCCAAACAUCUUGAUACGAUGCAUUCACUAUCUUUACCCCGGACGGUCUCUCUGCGCGUGGAGUCACUCAAGAAGUACGAAAGCGGAACCGACAACGUCUACGGAGAACUGUUGCCCCGCUUCAUCUCAGAUAUCUUUCAAAGGACGCAUUUAAAAUCCGACCAGGUAUUCGUUGACCUGGGUUCUGGCGUGGGCAACGUCGUCCUCCAGGCCGCCCUGGAGAUUGGCUGUGAGAGCUGGGGUUGUGAGAUGAUGCAGAAUGCCUGCGACUUGGCUCGGCUACAGCAGGCUGAAUUUAAAGCCCGAUGUCGUUUAUGGGGUCUUUCGUCAGGGAAAGUGCAUUUAGUCCAGGGGGACUUUUUGGACAACGAGCGCAUCGCCAAGGCUCUCCGACGGGCGGACGUUGUUCUAAUCAAUAACCAGGCUUUCACGCCGGAGACGAAUAACAGGAUAAUCAAUCACCUUCUUGACUUGAAAGAAGGCUGCCAGAUCGUCUCACUCAAAUCAUUCGUUCCGGCAGGACACAAAAUGCAAGCCCGGAAUCUCAAUUCGCCAAUCAACUUACUUUCAGUUGAGAGGCACAAUUACUGGUCCGACUCUGUCAGUUGGACCAACGCUGGCGGUACUUAUUUCAUUGCGACAAAGGACAGCUCGAGGCUACGAGCGUUCACUGAUACCCUUUUAUAA